CUUUAGCGUAGUUAGGUUAGACGUAGGACUCAAGGCUACUCUUUUACAUCAUCAGCGCAUGUGAGAUUAUGUUCUGCAUCCGAACAUCAAGACUGCACAAAGGACUGAAAUUUCGUUUCAAUUUCCAUACAUCAGCCAACCAUUCCCAGCACAGAAAAAUGUCAAACUCAUCAAUUCGUUUGGUCAGCACUGAGUGGGCAUCUUCAAGUGGAGCGCCUCCUGCUUCUAGUGCACCAACCUCGUCCUCGGCGAAGCCGCCAGUGGCCGAAAAAGAUUUCUGGAUAGUGAACCGAGAAUGUGGCUCUGUGCGAAGCGACAUUCCUGUUUUCACGGCGAAAGAGGGUGCUGUGCAGAUGUCUGGUCCGCAGGGUACAUCAGCAAAAGGCAACGUUGCUGUUGUAACCAAAGAGCACGUUCCUGGCGCUCCCGGUGUUUUUCUCCUGAGCGAUGUUUUGACGGAUGCAGAAUGCAAGCAAUUGAUCGCCGUGUCUGAAGCUAUGGGGUACUGUCCGGAUGCACCUGUCAGCUUGAGUCGCGAUGUCAGGCAGAACGACAACUGUGUCUGGAUCGCGGAUCAGAACAGCCUGAACAAAGUGGUGUUCCAUAGGUGUCGGGACUUGUUGCCGGAGUACGUGUAUGGAGGUGAAGAGGUAUUUGCGAAGAAAGACACUGCUAGUACAGUGGAGAAACCUGACGAAAAAAAUAAUGCAGAAAAACCCGCCGACACCAGCACUACAACAGCAGUGCCACGUCUAGGACCAGUCACUGGUCUCAACCAACGAUGGCGUCUGUACCGUUACAAUGAAUCCGAUAUUUUUCGUCCGCACACAGAUGGCAGUUGGCCUGGGAGUGGUUUAACUAGCGAUAAAAAGUCACUGGUUCAAGAUCUGUACGACGGUGCUCAGCAUUCGAUGCUCACUUUCUUGCUGUAUCUGAACGACGACUGCGAAGGAGGCGAAACAACGUUUUACUAUGCAAAAGACGACGCUUUUAGGCACUUAUCGGAAAAGCUUUGGGCGAAAGACCCAACAGCAACUACUGGAACGACAUCUUCUAGUACCCCAUCUGCUUCAACUACCUCUUCUGGACAGGUAGACUUAUGCCGUGUCUCCGUCCGACCCAAAAAAGGAGCCGCUUUGGUCUUCUGGCAUGGUCAGCAUCCUUUGUCGCCGCUUCAUGAAGGGUCUAAAGUCCAAAAUGGGUCUAAGUACGUGAUCCGGACAGAUGUCUUGUACGAUAUUCGUGAAAACUGGGGUGCAUUCUUUAGAUCGAUAUCGGCACUCUCUUCAGGAGGACUAGGGACGACAUCUGCCUCGUCUAUUCCACUGGGCUAUUCCGUAGCCGAUCCAGCUUCUAGACUAUUGCAACAACACGUGCGCCAACAAGGUACUGAGCAGCAAAAACGACCUCCAGUCGGAAACUUGUCCAUGCCUGACGAACGGAUUAAUCGACAGCCGUGUUUACUGUUGUUUCUGGACAACCUUGACGCUUCUGGGCAAGUAGAUGCAGCUGUGGUUGGGAAGGUGAAGCGUGAAAUGGCCACUUUGGCAGCCGAAUUUGCAGCAAUGCAGGAUGAUGUUGGUAACAAUGCGUCAACUUUCCCAGUCUACUGUGCUGUUUCCAGUGCAGGGGCAGUUGGGCAGAUACGGCAGUUACUGAGCCACGAAGGCCAAGUAGGUGGAGAAGAUGACUUACUCUUUGUUCUCCUUGAUAUGCCUAAAGGGCAAUUUGUGAAAUAUGAUAAGUUGAGACGGUCAGAGGCUUUGUCAGGGGCGGGAAAGGGUGAUGAAGGUCGGACAGCCAAAGACCUUCUGGCUUGGGCACAAGGAUAUGGGACAGGGAAAAUAACGACUGGUAUAGGAAAACUGUGAAGAUGUGAA